UUUGAGGAGGUGUCCGUCCAUUUCACCGAGGCGGAAUGGGCCCUGCUGGAUCCGGGACAAAGAGCUCUGUACAGGGAAGUCAUGCUGGAGAACUACGGGAAUGUGGCCUUUCUGGCAGAGGAUGAUCAGAGGAAUGAGGAUGAAGAACUUCAUCAGCAAAUCCCAGACAGAGUUAAAAAUGAAGAAGGAAAUGUCAGGAAUCAAGGCAGAUCUGAGAGAAAAACAGCUGGCCAUAUGGUUAUGAAGCGAGAUAGAACAAAGUGCAGUGUACAUUUUCCAGAGUACAGUGUAAUGAAGGCAAGUAGAUCCAUUCAGUGUGGAAAGUACUACAGAAAGAGAUUACAGCUCUUUGUGCAACAAGGUAUACACAGAGAAGAGAAAGCUUUUGAAUGCUCAGAGGGCGGAAAGAGAUUCAGUCAGGGUAGCAGUCCUGAAAAGCAUCAGAGAACCCAACCAAAGGAGAAACCUUUUGAAUGCUCAGAAUGUGGAAAGAGAUUUAGUCGGACCGACAAUCUUCAACUGCACCGACGUACCCACACAGGGGAGAAACCUUUUGAAUGCACAGAGUGUGGAAAGAGAUUCCGUCAGAGUGGCCAUCUGCAACAGCACCAGAGAACCCACACAGGGGAGAAACCUUUUGAAUGUUCAGAGUGUGGACAGAGAUUCAGUCAGAGUGGCACUCUUCAACUGCACCAAAAUACCCAUACAGGGGAGAAACCUUUUCAAUGCUCAGAGUGUGGAAAGAGAUUCAGUCUGAGAGGCACUCUGCAAUGGCAUCAGAGAACUCACACAGGGGAGAAACCAUUUCAAUGCUUGGAGUGUGGAAAGAGAUUCAAUCAGAUUGGCAGUCUUCAAAAGCAUCAAAGAACCCACACAGGGGAGAAGCCUUUUGAAUGCUCAGUGUGUGGAAAGAGAUUCAGUCAGAGUGGCACUCUUCAUCUGCACCAAAGUACCCACACAGGGGAGAAGCCUUUUGAAUGCUUGGAGUGCGGAAAGAGAUUCAGUCAGAGUGGUACUCUUCAUCUGCACCGAAUUACCCAUACAGGGGAGAAACCUUUUGAAUGCUUGGAGUGCGGAAAGAGAUUCAUUCUGAGAGGCACUCUUCAAUUGCAUCAGAGAACUCACACAGAGGAGAAAGCUUUUGAAUGCUCAGAAUGUGGAAAGAGAUUCAGUCAGAGUGGCACUCUUCAGUGGCAUCAGAGAACUCACACAGGGGAGAAAACUUUUGAAUGCUCAGAGUGUGGAAAGAGAUUCCGUCAAAAUGGCCAUUUGCAACAGCACCAGAGAACCCACACAGGGGAGAAACCUUUUGAAUGCUCAGAGUGUGGAAAGAGAUUCCGCCAGAGGGGCACUCUUCAAAAGCAUCUGAUAACCCACACAGGGGAGAAACCUUUUGAAUGUUCAGAGUGUGGAAAGAGAUUCAGUCAGAGUGGCACUCUUCAACUGCACCGAAGUACGCACACAGGGGAGAAACCUUUUGAAUGUUCAGAGUGUGGAAAGAGAUUCAGUUGCAGUAGCCAUUUGCAACAGCAUCAGAGAAUCCACACAGGGGAGAAACCUUUUGAAUGUUCAGAGUGUGGAAAGAGAUUCAGUCAGAAUGGCCAUCUGCAGCAGCACCAGAGAACACACACAGAAGAGAAACCUUUUGAAUGCACAGAGUGUGGAAAGAGAUUCCGUAGGAGGGGCCAUCUGCAACAGCACCAGAGAACCCACACAGGGGAGAAACCUUUUGAUUGCUCACAGUGUGGAAAGAGAUUCAGUGAGAGUUGCAGUCUUCAAAGUCAUCUGACAACCCACACUGGGGAGAGACCUUUUGAAUGUUCAGCGUGUGGAAAGAGAUUCAGACUGAGUGGCCAUCUACAACGGCAUCAGAGAACUCACACGGGGGAGAAACCUUUUGAAUGCUCAAAAUGUAAAAAGAGAUUCAGCCAGAUUGUCACUCUUCAAAAUCAUCUGAUAACCCACACAGGGGAGAAACCUUUUGAAUGCUCAGACUGUGGAAAGAGAUUCAGUCAGAGUGGCAGUCUUCAACGGCAUCAGAGAACUCACACAGGGUGAGAAACUUUUUGAAUGUUCAGUGUGGAAAGAGAAUCCAUCAGAGUGGCGCUCUUCAAAAACAUUUAAGAACCCAUAUUAGGAGAAACCAUGUAACUUUGUAACCUGUAAAAACAGCUCCUUCCUUUUUGCAUACCUAAAACCCCCUCUAUACUAUAGAAAGGUUUUGCACCAUGUUAUCUCUUGUAAAGAGUUUGCAUUGGCAUAGAAACGUUUCCCUAACCAGGAAGAAAUGACAUAUUCAUGGACUGUGGAAAGAGUUUUAACCAUGAAAGAAGCCUCAAGUUGAUCUCUCGGGUAAAUGCAAGGAUAUGCUCUGAGGGUGGAAGGGGACUGAAGACCAGAUGUUAUCUUCUUCUUCUUCUUUUUUAAACUUUUUAUUGGGUUUUUCACAAUAAUGCAUAUUCACCAACAAUUAUUAAUACAGAUAUAGUUAAUUUCUUAUACUUCACAUAAAUUAUACAAAGCAACAUUGC